AUGUCCAACUUCUUUAAACUAUUCUUCACAGCACUGCUGUCAUUCUCGGCGCUCAUACUAGCCAUUGUCGCCUGUGCAGGGUCCACCAAGAACUAUCACCCUCUAAAUGACAUCUUCAUCGCACAAUUAGAUCUCACAGGUCUGCAAUUGAGCAGCAUUCUGCCCUCCUCAGUCGCAUCUAGCGCAAUCUCAUCCGUCACAUCCGCAGUACCAUCGUACAUAAACUUGGGUCUAUGGUCCUACUGCACACUAGAUUCCUCUAAGAAAGUGGUCUCAUGCACAUCACCUAAGGGAAUCCAGAAAUUCAACCUAAACUCACUCAUAUACGAUAACAUAGAAGAUAAUCAAGUCUUAUCCCUCUUAGACUCCAUCUCCUCCCUCGUGCUCCCCUCCAACCUACAGGACAAGAUGACAUACUACAAUGACCUCGUCAAAUGUAUGUUCAUCACUAUCCUCAUCGGUAUCGUCGUCACCUUCUUGAACCUCGUCGUCAAUUUGAUCCGUUGGGUCCUCCAUUUGAGACUUUUGAACUGGAUAGGUAUCUUCUUCUCCUUGAUAGGGUUCCUAUCAUUGCUGAUCAGUGUCGGUACAGGAAUGGGGACUUACAUUUACAUAUCACAUUUGUUGAAAGAUGAUUACGAUCAAUAUGGGAUCUCUUUGAGCUUGGGGAGAAACUAUCUGGGGAUACUUUGGGGUAGUGUCGCUGCUGCAUUGUUGAACUUGUUGCUAUGGCAAACAGUGAGGUACGAUUACGGCAGAACUAAAUACGUGUAUGCUACUAAUCCAAUCGAUGAGAAACCCUUAUUGUGA